GAGGUUCAGGUGACGGCCGCGCGCAAGAGGCCAGCUGACUACCACCACCAUCACCUCUUUCCCGUCUGAUACGUGUGGAAAAUCGAAAAUUAAUGACAAACUAACCCAUUCACCCCAUUGGCCGCAGUGACCUGCAUACGAGCGAGGAUAAAGACUUGCUAUAACACGACGAGAGACGGAUUAAAGACGUAAUAAGCCUAGAAAAGAGACAGAAUCCGCUGUAGCGAGUCCUUCCUGCUAUUUCGCCCUCCCAAAACUACCUAUUUCUCCGUCAUGGCCGCCAGCAACGAAGCCAUCACUGAGGAGAUUGAGGCGCUGCAGGCCAUCAUGCUGGACGAGGUCAUGGUGCUCCAAGGGGAUGGAGGAGUGCCAACAGGGGUGGAGGUGGUGGUGGUGCCAGCUACAGCCCAAAAUGUCAAAGAACAGCAUGUGCGUGUCACUCUGGUCAUCUCGCUGCCCCCUGAGUACCCUGAUGCAUCACCCAGCAUCACCCUGAGAAACCCUCGUGGUGUGGAUGACGAUGUGCUGGAGAAGAUCCACCAGGAGAGUCGUCAGCGGUGUGAGGAGUACCUGGGCUGUCCUGUCAUCUAUGAGUUGAUAGAGGUGGUGCGUGACAACCUGACUGCCAACAACACCCCAAGCUGCCCAUGUGCCAUCUGCCUGUACCACUUCACUGACACGGACACCUUCACCAAGACUCAGUGCUUCCACUACUUCCACUCCUACUGCCUUGGAAGGUACAUUGCAAACUGUGAGGAAGAGGCUGCUGCAGAGGAGGAGCAGCCGCAGCCCGCAUGGAUGGCCCGGGAGAAGAAGCAGCUCAUGUGUCCUGUGUGUCGUGAUCCCAUUCAGAAGGAGCUCAACAGUGAGGACUUGCUGCUGGCUGCCCCACCUGAGGAAGAGGAGAACACCAUGGAGUUCCGAGCAGAUGACCCAACCCUGGUGGCUCUACAGCAGAAGAUGGCACAGCUGUACCUCAAGCAGAAGGAAAAGGGAGGCAUCAUUGACUUAGAGGAAGAGAAGAACAAGUUUCUGUUGUCAUCUAAUAGGGUGGACUUCUAUGAGGGCUUUGGGGGCAGCCUGGAGGAGGAGGCGAGUCUCAGCCUUCCAGACUCCCCCGUGGAGGCCCCGGUGGAGGACCAGCCGCCCAUUGCCCCUGCCCCUCCCGCUGCCCGGCGAGGCAGCCGCCCCACCCAGCCCCGACACCAGGGGCACAAGACACAGGGAGGCUACGGCCGGCAGCCCUGGAGGAACACAGACCAUGGGGGUGAUGGGCGGCACUGGGCUAGCAACCGAGGAGGCCGAGGCAACAGUGGGGGCCGGGGGCGGGGUGCCGGACGGGGAGGAACGCACGGGUCCUCCAGGAUCAUCCCUGAACACAAAGAGUACAGCACUACAGGUCUGAAGAACUCCUGCAUGAUAGACAACAACCUGGGCAGCAAGAGCCAUGGCCGCCACGAUGAAGGCAAAUAUGAGAAUGGCAGUAUCUACCAUCAUGGUGACAACAGGGCUGAGGUGUGCUUUGGGGCACGUGGUGGGGGAGGCAGCGGGGGCAGCAAGAGGGGUUCCAAGGGGCCUGGCAGCAGGCAGCGGUAUGGUCCUGGCAGGGGCAGGGGCCGUGGGCCUCCCGCCAACUUCACCCCAUCAGCCCAGCGUCACUCUGCUCAAGACUGGAGUUGACGAAUGUGGCUUGCAGGGUUUUGGCCGCCCUGUCUCCUCCUCUCUGCCCUCUCUCUCCUCGUCUGUGUACCAAGUAUUACCAUAAUGAUGUAUUUAACCCUCAAGUAUUCAGUAUAUUCAACUUCCAAAAGAGAUGGGUGUUGUAGAAGUAGUUACAAUGAUCAGCUUACUCACCGUAGCGCCAUAGAUGAGUGUGUUGGCCGUGCGUCAUCCCCCCCUCGUGCAUCCCCCAGACCCCCCAACUCGGUGUAUAGCAAUAGCAUUACGUGUCCCUUGGCCGUAAGAUAUUCCUCUAGGUGUACCACUAGCAAAAUCAAGAUUUUCAUAGAAAUUUUAAACUCACAACUUUGACAGAGAAUUAAUGUCCUCUGUACUCUCCCAACUAUGAGGGGAGACAACAAAUUAAAGACAGCAAAUCUGAUGAGAAUCAAAGUCCUGCAUAAUAUAAACACUAGGAGAAGAUGCAGAAGCUGGCAGUGUGUGGCAGACAGUGGCACACCCUGCUGUCCUUGGGUUCUUUUGGGGAAAGAUUUUGUAUUUGAGUUCUUCACAAAGUUUAUUUUUUAUAUGCACAAAAUAUUUACUUUGUAUAGUAAUAGUUUGUUUUUAAUCUAUUUUAGAUGAUCAAAAGUUAGUUUUACAUUUUAGUCUGUGAUGAGAAUUGUUAUGAGUUUAAUUGAGGGUGAAUGGAAAGGGAUGCUUGUAACUACUCUUUUCUAAAUAUGUAUCAUCUCAAACACAACACAAGGCAGACUUCCGUGGUAACACUCGGCAACCUUCUUGGGUCGAGGGUGAGGGGGACAGCACCUGGUGGUAGUGGCAGUGCCAGGGGCCAGGCCUCAAGCUGGAGUGCCAAGGACAGACACACACAUACACACCAGCCUCAUUAUCUGGCCAGCAACUUCCUCACCCUGGAAAUGAAGAACUGUGCAUCAAUUGAAGAGGAAGAAACAGAAGAUGUGACGGUUUCAGGAUUGGUGAAAACUAAAUAUAACAAUAAUUAAAGCUGUGAUUCACAUAAUAAUUAAUGGUGUAUGUGUUGGAAAUUACUUGACUACUUAUAAUAUAUGUAAUCGACUUUGAUGACCAGUGCCCUGAAGACAGACUGGUUAAGCUGCUUUAAUUCACAGCACCACUUAGUACUGACUGUGGUGUAGUGAUCCAUAGAUGUGCUCUGCCUGCCUCAUACUCAGUUUGUGGUGUGUCUUGUUGGGGAGGAACAGAUUCAUGUUGAGACAUUUUACAAGAAUCUAAUUAUUAAAUCAGCUGAUAUGACAAACCUACCACUUAUGUAUGAUUGUUUUACAUUUGACAGGUAUUUUUCAGGGACAAAUAAAAUGUUUUCUAGUGUAAAGGGCACAUUGUUAGUCAUAUCCAUGUACACAUUGAUAAGUAUAAGCCAUAAAGUUAGAAAGUCUGAAGCAAGGGAACACUUACUUGAGGGACGACACAAGACAGCCACUUCAGUUCACCCUUUGUGAUGAUAUUAUAGGCUAAGCUGAGUGCCAUGUUAGCAUCUGAUGAAGGGAGGGAGAGGAUGGGGAUAUCAGCUUCCUAAUACAGUACAAUUUAUAGCCACUGGAAUGACAAACUUAGGGACGGUUGCUGCGGUACCUUUACUCACUUGACUAAUAUCAGUCAUGCACUACAACUUAAGGACUGUUUCAUGUCUCCUAGAUUUUGAUUAGUAUGUGGUGGUAUUUUCCCGAAUGUUGGGCCCAUCAGUUUUCUAUUACUAUCAUGUGUUCAUUUUAUUCUUUAUUUGUGUAACAGUGAAUAGAUGCAGUAAUUACUUAACAGGUUAUGUACAACAUACGGCAUGGUUUAUACUAUAUAUGUAUUGUGAUUAUUGUUUUCAGAUUGUCAGAAAAAGGAUUAUGUCCAUGACUUUGUUGCAGCACAGACAAGAGGGGGAAAAAGUUGUCACCCAGAUGACAAUGCUAAUGUAGUUUUACAUAGUAGUAAAUAAUAAGAAUAAACUUGAAACAAAAGUUUUAGUUAGGUACAGAGAUCAGCCAGCAAGGCUUUGGUCUUGGUGUGCUGUUGCUGACAAAUGUCAAGGUGGCUCUGAGGAAGGUGCUUUCCUCACACACUGCUGGACUUUUAAUCCACAACUAAGUAAUGAAGUCGUUCACCAAGCUCUGCACCAUCAUGCAAGCCUUGCUUUAUCUUACAAGUUCCUAAUUACUUUUCUUAAGUAUGUAUUUUCUAAGUUAUUGCUAUUUUCUUGACAAUAUUUCCACUUCUACAAAGAGCAGUCUGUGGAAUAGUUCAAGGUCUGGUGCCACCCGUGGGAUUGAUUGGACCUUUUAUCACUUGGUUUUGUUUACACAUUAUCUGGCAAUUGUGCUGAUACAGGUUUGUGCCACUCAAGGUCUUGCCAACGGGUUCGCUGAAGCACGGUGGAAGGAGUGACUCCGACGAGACAUUCCCCAAGUGUCACACUCAUGGACAUUUGCACUUGAACCAUAUCUUGGAAAGGCUGAAAUUUGUGUAGCUAUUGUAAACUUUAAAAAUCUUAGUUCAACAAUAGACUGAACCCUGCAUUCCUUUGUGUGCAAUCACAGCCCGGUAAAUACCUUUUUGAAUUAUGCUUUGUAGAAAUGACACUGAUUUGUAUUUACUGGGAUCAACGUAACACAAUAAUUGUCUCAUACUGUAUUAAAUGUGAAAUAUAAAUUAUCCCUUUCCUACUGGCUA